AUGUAAAUCGAGUUUGAUUAAUACUUGUCUUUGUUAAAAAAUUUGGAUCAAGAAAAAGAUAAGAAGAUUAGAAAUUUAUAUUCUUAAUUAGAAAUCAAUUAAUCAGAAAUAUCCAAGUGGAAUGAAUCACAGAGCAAACUAUUGAAGUCUUUAAUACAAAUCUAUUGUACUAAUUAAAACAUAACCUAUAUUCAUGUACCUGAUAAUGUUUGGAAUAUAGUAUCAAAAUUGCUUAAUAAAUCUGUUAUGGAUUGCAAAUAACAAUUAGAAAACUCAAAAAAAUUUAUAUUUCAUUAACAAUCAUGGACCAAAAGUGAAGAUGAAGUCUUAAAAGAAAUUUGUAAUUAAUAUUUAUCAGAAAAUAAGCCAUUCAAGUGGAAUGAGAUAGCAAAAGAAUUGUCCUAAAAAUGCAACAAAUCUACAAUAAAGUUGACCAAAUAUGUAAGAGAUAGAUGGAUUAAUUAAUUAAAUCCCUAAAUAUAAAAAGGUCCUUGGGGCGCAAUCGAAGAAUUUAAAUUAAUGAAAACAAUCUUAAAGCACGGAAAAAAUUGGUAAAUGAUUGCUUCUGAAAUGAAAAACCAUAGAACAGAGAGUUCUAUAAAAAAUAGAUACUUUAAAAUUUUAAAAAAGCUUGAAUUAAAAGAGGUUUAAUUAUUAAAUAAAUAAUAAAUUGAGAAUGAACUUUAAACAUUUAACUUAAGUUAAUUUUUUGGAAUUUAAUAGUUAGGUUAACAAGAAAUUAGUUUAAUUUUGUUCUAUUUAAAUGAACUUAAUUAAAAACUAUAAAAAUCAUAAAAUAAUUAGUAUAUAGAUCAAGAAGAAAAUGAUUAAUAAAAACUAGAAAUUCAAGUUGAUAUAAAUAAUACUCAAAAGAGGAAGUUAAAACCAUCACAGAAAUCUAAUAAUUCUCAUGCUACCAAUAUAUUAUAAAAAGUGUUAGAAUAAUAUUAAUAAGAUUAAUGUUUAGAUUAUAAUAAAAUUAAGGAUCAUUUUUAAGAUAUUGUUGCUUAAAAAGGAGAAACUUUAGAAUUAGAUGAGGAACCACUUAGUAAUUCAGAUAAUUUAUCUGAAGUCCAAUUUGCAAUUAUAAAUAAGGAUUCAUAAAAUCUACAAGUAUUUCCUAAAACUCAACUUAAAGCAGUAAUGGAAGUAAUCAAGUAAAAAAAAGAGAUUAAAAAGGAUAGUAAAAAAGAACAAAAAAGAAUUAAAUAAUAAGUUCAUUUAGAUGGACAGCAUAUGGUAAACUAAAAAUAAUAGUUAAAAUAAAAAUAAUAAAUACCUCAAUAAAUUUAAUAAUAAUAGGCAAUUUAACCAUCAUUAAUAAAGAAUGUUAAGGAUUAAUAAAUAAAUUCAUACUAAAAUAUGA